GCUGGACCGACGGUUUCCUCGGCCUGUGGCAGCGAAUCUCCCGACUGUGAAGGGCGGAGCUAACUGCGUAACAUCUUCAUAUUUCUGCUUGUCAACAAAAAAAAAAGAAGAAGAAUACGGGGGUUUUUUUUAGACAAGAAGGAAACGUCGGUAAUUCAUGUGAACAUAUGCGUACAGUGUUGCAGCUGCUUUCAGUCGUGCACGUGCCCAAAGUUGACAUGUAGUUUCGGUCACAUGAUGCCAAGCCUGAACAGACACCGUGCCAGCUGCCAGGUACCGCCGCCGCCUCUUCUCAAGGAAACGAACUCACUCCGGAGCUGACAAGAGGUGUAAACAUGCUCACAUUAAAGCCACAUUUUGACCUGCAAAGAGAUGUGGCGGCUGGUCUCUUCAGGAAGGAGGCCUCGGUGUGCAGGGUGGCAGAAUACUCUGGAGCAGUGGACACUUGUAUCCUAAACAUUGAGAGAGACGGGGGCAUCCUUUACUCAUGGAAGGGAGCAACAGGGACCACCAGGAUUGGGAAGUAUGACUCCAACACCAAACAGAACAAGCUCCUGUACACAUUUGACAAGCAGGUGUGUGUCAGCAGCUGUUCCCUGAACAAGGAGGAGACGCUGUUAGCGGUCAGCUUGGCACAAAACACCAGAGGAGAGGAGCGCUUUAAGCCAAUAUCCAAGUGUCUAACUCUCCUGAUUGAGAUCCACCCCAUCAACAACACUAAAGUCCUCAAGGCAGUAGACUGCAGGGUCAAAGUGCAGUUCCUCAAUUCAGAAACUGACAGGAGAUCAGUGUUGGAGAGCCACCUGCUGCUGCUGACUGAGGACGGAUAUGUGGAUCUCUAUCACGUUCUGCUGACAAAACAGGAAGGUUACAGAGUGGUGAUGGCGAACCCCGAGCGUUUGUCCAAAACGGCAGAGAGAAUAGUGGAGGACUUCUGCUGGGCCCAGUGGGACGGACACACACAAAGAGUCUACUACGUCACUCGUAGUUUGACACACACGCAGGACAAGUUCCUGAUGCGAUGUGUUCAGUUUUACCCCAACCAUAACUGUGAAACUGUGUUGGAACUCCCAUUAGAGUUGCCUGCUAAUUCUCUCCGCACAGUCAAGUUUGUAAAUUUGGGUUUUGACCAUUUCCACAUGGAGAGACCAGAGCCCGUUAGGAUGAAAGUGUUCACAAACAGAAUAGGAAGCAUGUGUGUGUGCUACAGCCAACCUCUACAGGACAAACAGGAAGUAAUCUACACUGUGGUUUUAGUCCACAAAGACUGCAGCAAGACGUUCAGAGUGUCACUGAGCAGCGACCAGUCGCCUCAGAAAGCCACGCAGCUCCAUCCGCUCUUCAUCCCGAUAGGUUACUACAUCCUGGUGUAUCUGCAGGGCUAUUUCCUCCAUUGUAUCAACACCAGGCAGCAGGAGAUGCUCUGUCACUCCCUGUUUCUCUCAGGUCUAGACGUGGACUUGGGCCUGCAGUGUCAGUCAGCCAACAUCACAGUGUUGCAUGCAGAGUCCAGCAGCAGUCUGCUGGACCUGGCCAGCGGGAGGAUCUACUCUGCUGAGCUAAGUCCUGCCUUCCUGCUGCAGAUACUGCGGUCAGACACUACCUCUAGGUGUCCCAGCAGGAAGAAGGACCCUCAGCGCCUGGCCGCCCUCCACUGCCUGCUGGUUUACAUGGGAAAUGACCCACACCUGGAGCUGAAGAUCAUCGAAUGGCUGUGUGGCAACAUGAACGCCUUCGAAUCCUUUGAUCAGAUCCAGGAGUUCAUUCUAGCCUCUUUGUACAGAAUAAGCUAUGAGAAGUCCCUCUGCCUGGACAAAGUCCUGCCUUACUCCUCUGUACUCGACAAGAAGGAGAUACUAGCGUGUCUGUUGGAGGUCCCUGGUGUGUUGUGCACCAAUGAGCUGCAUAUUGAAUCUUUGUUCAAAGGCAAGGCCAGAAGUCUCCAGGGUUUCUGGUCAGAGCUGCAGUGGAACACAGAGAGGACAACAUAUCUGGAUGCUGUUCCCAACCCCAGAUACAGAACCUCACACAUACAAGCUGAGUGGGAGAAACUGAAGUCCGAGAGGAGACCAUCCAGCCACAGGAAUAACUUGGAGGAGAACACAAAGAAAGUUCUAUCAAUGGUGGACACCUGGUGUCUCGAUAAGAAGCUGGUGCCACUUUUCCAGGAAGAGGACCUUCAACAGAGGGCGCUCAUAGGCCUGACGGUUGACAAGCUCCGAGAGCAUCUCAACAGACACCUGCCUCAUAUGGGGAAGAAGAAGAUCGACUUGCUGGUUGUCAACUACGUAGCCAAACUGCUGGAGCUCAUCAGACACAUGCUGGAAUCCGUCUGGCUGAAGUACAAACUGGGCCCUCAUGUUUUGUGCCUCAAGCAACGGGGCAGUCCAGCCGAGUGGUCUGUGUUUCACUUCAUGUUUCGGAUCCUGGAAGCCACGAGGGGUCUCUGCCUGCCCCUCCCUCCAGGCUACCACACCCUGUUAGCAGUGUUUGCUGUGCGUUGCCUCCCUCAUCACACCUUCCUCCAGUACAUCGAUCACGGCUUCCUGCAGCUCACAGAGACCUUUGUGUCUCGGCUCAUGACAGAUUUGGACAACAGUGACGCCAACGAGAGACUGAAGUUCAGCAUACUCAAGAGACUCCCUGAGCCUAUGGACCAGAGGAUCUACCAUAUGUGGGACCAUCCUGUCAGCUCAGCUUUGAUCUCCAGAGAUUAUGCCAGGACGCUGCUGGAGAAACACAACAACAAGGGAUGUGCGUUCACCAGCAGAGACAAGCCAGGCUUCCGACCAGAGUUUCUGCCCCUUACCUACUUGGCAAAAAUACUCUCUGAUAUAGAGGAACAAGCUCUGAACCCUUUCGAGGAGCAGGAGAACGUUGACGCCAGGUUCGUGGAGGAGACGGCUCUCAAGCAGACGCUAAUACUGCUGGGCUUUGACAAAAAAUGAAGCGAGAGAGAGAGAGAGAGAGAGAGAGAGAGAGAGCGGGUCCUCGGAUGGAUGGAUGGAUGGAUUUAGGGAGAAACACAUGAGGGGGGAAAAUGUGUUCCAGGGAACAGUCGUCAUUGUCUGGGCCUCGAGGAUAAAUAACGGAUGGAUGGAUGACGGAGGGCGAGAAGUGAAAGAUGAAUGGAGAGAUUGAAAGUCAGAGCGCUCAUAAACAAGCUCUCAGUGCUUGAUGAAAGAUUAGGUCGGGGCAGAGGGGUAGAUGGAUGGAGACGCCCCAGAGAAGGAA